UUUUAGCGGCAUGAGGCUGUUCAUUCGUAGAUACUAUUGUCAUGGAAAAGUCAAACGUGAAUUAGACAUUUAAAUAUUUCUGCUAUAAUAAUCAAAAGUCCGCGAGGUACAUUAAAUAUAUCGCAUUAUAUAAUUUAAAUAAGAAUUUUUCUUUUAAAUAAAUUUUUAGAUAUUAAAUAAGAACAUAACCUAACCUCCGAAAUAAGCAGUCUCUUCUUGUUUUAACAAUGAUGAGCCAAGGAAGCCAAAUAGAUUGUAACAUAAAUAUAUAUUUUGUUAUUCCAAACAAAUAUAAAUCUGAAAAUGAAUGUUCUAUUCAUAUGUGGAAUGCUUUUGAUAAAUGCUGUGAUUAUAAUAUUAAAUCUAUAUGGAUUACCGAACAGGAUUGUCAAGAAUUAAAACCUGAGAAGACAGAUAUAUUAGUAUUAGAAGAAUUUAAAGGCAAUAUUUUUGAACAGUUAAAGGAAUUUAAGUGUUCGAUAGUUGGGCCAAGAUGUUUAAUAACAUGUUUUUUAAAUGGAGAACCUAUUCCAGAAGGCACAAGUCCAAUUUUUACGACAGCUAUGAGAGGACUUUGCAUAUGUGUAUCCGGAUUGCCACCAGAUAUGAAAAUUCAGAUACAACAAUUGGUAGAAUACAUGGGAGGUUUUUUUACUAAACAAUUACGUAGUUGUGUAACACACUUAAUUACAAAUUGUGUCAUGUCUGCAAAAUAUGAAAGAGCUGUAGAAUUGAAGAUACCGGUUGUUACAAAAGAUUGGGUCAUAGCCAUAUGGGAAGAAAAUUUAAAUAAUUUUAUUGAAGCAAAGGAUCCAAUAUUCGAUAAAUAUAAGUGUCCUGUAUUUAUGAAUUUAGUUGUUACGUCAACAAAUUUAUCCAAACGACAAAAGGAAGAAAUUAAGAAUUUGAUAAAUAGUAAUGGAGGGACAUUCAUGGGUCCAUUAGACGGCUUAAAAGUUAAAAUUGUUAUUGCGCCAGAAAAUAGUUCAUUAACUGACAAGUUAACAUUUGCAAUGCAGAAUAAUAUACCAUGCUUAAAGCCAGAAUGGGUAUAUGAAAGUGUGAAAAUUGGAUAUGCUUUACCAUUUAAUAAUUAUCUUAUUAAAUCUACAAAAGCAUGUUCAACGCCAGAAAAAAUGCGAGCAUGUGAGAUGGAAAGUUUAAAUUUUUCGACAAUAAGUACCAUUAAUCGUGAAUUACCACAAAACAAUUACGUAGAUGAAAGUUUAGCAUCGACAACUUCUAAUACUUUUAGUCUGGAUGCUGCAGUGACAAAAAUAGGUAAUGAUGCAAAUUAUAAAAAUGCAAAAACUAAACACAAAUCGUUUUUCAAUAAAAUUAUAUUAUUAUUAGUUACAGAGCUUACAGUUUUAGAACGAUUAUCUCUCAGUGAAGCCAAAUUGGCUGGACCGUUUUUAGAUGGCUGCAAUAUUUAUCUUGCUGGAUUUACAAUGAAUCAAAGGGAUAAACUUAAUAGAAUUUUGAAUGUAGGUAGUGCAACACGUUUGAAUGAUAUAUCGGAUGCUUUAACGCAUGUUAUUAUUGGAGAUGAAAGUAAAGCCACUAAUGAAAUUAAAUUAAUGAAGUCAUCAGGAUUGUGCCCACAUAUAUUAAACAUUAAUUGGAUAGAAGAAAGCAUGAAAUUAAAAAGACCCGCACCAGAAGAACAAUUUUUAUUUUUCAAGUCGAAAACCAAUACAACGAAAACAAUUAACGAACCUCCUCCUUCUCCUCUAAGUAAAAAGAAUUUACAAAUGCUGCAACCACCCAAACGACCACCGAUUCCACGUUUCGAUAUUGAUAAAGCAUCAAAGGAACAAAAUGAAGAGGACAUUUUAAAUCAAUAUCUUCAAAAUAUUGUUGUAACCGAUAAAUCGGUGGAAAACUUUUUAAAACCUUAUAAUUCUGAUAUCAAUGAGAAAAAAAUGGAAACAUCCAUGGAGCCUAGAUCAAGUAUAAAAAAUAAUCGACGAAAGAUAAUGUCAGAAAACAGAGAGUCGAGAAAUAGUAACACUAUACCAUUUAGCCAAGAAGAACCAGAUGCUACUCAAAAAAUAUUUACUGGUUUUACAUUCGUUAUAAUUGGCUUCAAUGAUGACGAAAUACAGGAUAAUGUUACUGGUUUAGGCGGUGAAGUUGUAUCAAAUACUUAUCCAGGAAUUCCAGACUUUGCUGUUGUGCCCAUAUAUGGAGCACCACUUAGACACUCAGUUAAUGAAAUUGUCACUGAUCUAUUUGUUGAAGAUUGUAAAAAUCAAGAACAAAUAGUUGAUAUUGAAUAUUAUCAUAAACCAUUUUCUAUAAGUAAAGAUAUAAAUCCUUUAAGAGAUUGUAUCGUUACUUUAAGCAUGUAUACAGGAGUAGAAAGAAUGUAUCUUUCUAAAUUGGCAGAAGAACUUGGAGCUGUAUGUCAAGACAUACUUGCACGUAAAACAAAUAAUGAAAAAAGUACUUAUGCUAGUACUCAUUUAAUCUGUCCUUCCCCCGAAGGACAUAAAUACAAAGCAGCAGUUAAAUGGAAAUUGCCAGCUGUUACUGCUGAAUGGUUAAAGGAUUGUGGGACAAGAGUAAAACGCUUAGAUGAAACACCCUAUCUUGUCGGAGAAACAAUAGCUCCGGAAAAACCUCCAGAAUCACCGAAUGUGAGUAAUAUAAAAGAAAAUCCAGUUAAAUCUGCUAUGUCUACUCCUAGAAUGAUUCUUACUCCCAAACGACAUUUACCUCAAAAUAAGAAUCAAGAAACGAAUAACGAAGAAACUCCAUUGAUAAAUAAACGACUUAGUUUAGUUAUGAAUAAUACACCACAAUCCCCAUUUCAUGUAUCCACACCAGAAACACCUUACGGUCAAGUUUUUAAACCAAAUCCUUCUCCAGAUACGAGAAAAGCAUGGGUCAAAUGGGUAAACAAUUUUCCAGAUUUACGAGUAGAAGAACCUCCUCCAAAAAGAAGAGCUCCCAGUACACCACUUUCAGAGUUGAAGAAACAAUUAUGGGAACAACUAAAAAAUCAAGGGCAAAAGACUGAGGAAGAAGCUAAUACUUCGAUGAUACCUAAAUGUGAUAAUAGUAAUAACGAAUUAUCCAAAAAAAAUGAAGAGAACGAUGAUACACCUUACAAAAGUAAUUCAAUUAAUAGAAAAUUACAUUUCUCUCAAGAGAAUAGUCCAAUUGCAAAUGCACAAAUAAAUCUGCAAAUAGCUCAAUUGGAGCAAGCACUUCAACGGAGUUCAAGUGCUGAGAACAGGCAAUCAAUAUCGAACGAAAAUAACAAAAGAUACGAACAUACAGAACCUUCGGAUUCUCUUCAUAAAUUUAUUUACAAAGAUUCACAGCCAGAUACUGUAGGAUGGGAAGAUCCUGGUCUUCGUAAACCGAUUAGACCUUCCACAGUACACGAUGAAUUAGGAUAUAGUGAAGAUAUUCAUCAAGAUGACAAGGAUCGAAGUAAUUGUAAUUCAAACAAAAAUAUGACAUUAGAUGAUCAAGAUGACCAUACCCAACCUUAUGUUAGAAGAAAAUUCAUGCUUUCUGGAAUAAGGGAUAGAUUAAUCCACGAACAGGUAAUACGAAAGCUUGGUGGAGAUGUAGUUUCUGAUGCCAGUUUUGAUCCAAGCGCAACACACUUAAUGUGCUUGAAACUAUCGAGAAAUGAAAAAUUGCUUGGCAGCAUAGCUGCUGGCAAAUGGGUUAUACACUGCAUGUAUUUACGAGAUUCUGAAGCUAAUGGUAAUUUUUUGGACGAAGAAAAAUAUGAAUGGGGCAAUCCAAAAAGUAAAGGAAUUAUACCGGAUCCUAUAGGAGAGGUGAAUUGUGCAAUAGCAGCAGCAGCUUAUAGAUGGAGAACAACAUUACUUAAGGAACCUCGUGGACCUUUUCAUGAUAUAGUGGCUCUAUUAUUUGCUUCAGAAGAAAAAUAUGAUCAAUUUCAAAGACUUAUCGAGGCAGGAGGUGGUACUGUUGUACAGGCUAGACCUCCUUACGACGUAAAUUCUUCAGGAAAAAAAAUAACUCAUUGUUUCGUAAAUACAAAACAGACCCAACAACCUAUAGAUUGGGCUAGAUUAGCGAGUAAAGGGAUUCUGUGUUUUUUCCCUCAAUAUUUAAGCGACUUACUUACAACGCAAGCUUCUUUAAAUCCUAAAGAUUGUGUCAUACCUGAGUUUAAGAAAUACCUUUCUCUUUUACCGAAAUAAUAAUAGUUAUGAUCUAAAUAAACAUGAAUGAAUAGAAAUACGAAGAAAGCAUAGAUUUGAUCGUUAAUCUUUUUUAUACAAAUAUAUAUGUAUAUAUAUUUAUAAAGUUAAAAAGUGUAUAUAUAUAUAGUACAAUUGCUAAUUUUUUUCUUUUAUUAGAAUCAUAUUAUUAUAUAUAGAAAAUCCUUGUAAUCGUUACAUUACAUAUUUUAUAUUUUUAA